AGGAAGUAGAGAUCUUUUUCACUUCAUCUGUUUAUAAAUUAUAAUUCCUUGUUUCUGGCGGGAAGAAAUGGGAUCGGAAGCUCCUAUUCUGCCCAAAUGGGCUUCAGAACCAUGCAUGAUGGGCAUCGAUGAAGCCGGAAGAGGCCCUGUUUUAGGUCCAAUGGUCUACGGAUGUUUGUAUUGCGCUGUCUCCUAUCAGAAGAUUCUUGCUUCCUUGAACUUUGCAGAUUCAAAGACCCUAAAAGAGGAAAAGAGGGAGGAGUUGUUCGAGAAUUUGAAAGCUAAUGAAUCAAUAGGAUGGGCUGUUGAUGUUAUAGAUCCAAGCGAACUCUCAGCUAAGAUGCUAAAGAAAACCAAGAUUAACCUUAAUGAAAUAUCACAUGACUCUGCCAUGGGCCUCAUUACUAGGGUACUUGCCAUGGGAGUUCUUUUAACUGAGGUCUAUUUGGAUACUGUUGGGGAUCCAGAGAAAUACAGAAUAAAGCUGUCUGAGAGAUUUCCAAGUAUCAAGUUCGUGGUUGCAAAGAAAGCUGACAGUCUUUAUCCAGUUGUUAGUGGAGCAAGUAUAGUUGCAAAGGUGACAAGAGACCAGGCCUUGCGCAAUUGGGUGCUUGAUGAAACUGCAGAGAACAUGCAUAGGAAUUUUGGAUCUGGAUACCCUGGAGACCCUGAAACUAGAGCCUGGUUGGAGCAUCAUAAACACUCUGUAUUUGGAUUCCCAACGCUUGUCCGUUUCAGCUGGGGUACAUGCACUUCCUACUUCAAGGACAUUGUUGAAGUCCUAUGGGAAUCUGAUAGUCUGGAUGAAGAAGGCUCCAGUAAUAGAAGCAACAAGCGCCAACUGAAGUUAAGUAGUGUUGGCUUCACCGGAUGCAAGAGGAAGAGUGAGGAAAUUGAAUCAAGUGGAAAAGGUCGUUGUAAGUUUUUCCAGGCACGCAAACUUGAGCUGGUCAAUCAUUUCUAAGCAGAAGGGUUGAACCUCUUAUUUUCUGCUAAUCUUCUGCUAUAAUGGAACACAUGAUCAGAUUAUCUUGAUAGAAAAUCUUGUUAUUGGCUUAUUCUAGGAAGAAACCCACUCCUAUUGAAACUUAGAAAAUGAAAACAAACGUUUGGAGAAGAAAAAGCAAGUCUUAAUCAAGUAAAAUGAAGUUGUAAUUGAAUCCUAUAGCAAGGGUUUAUCCAAGGGCUAUGAAUUUUUACAGGUUACAGAAGGGCGA